AUGACAAUUAGCCAUCCAAGUCCAUUCCUCGGCACUUCCCCCUUCAAGGCCAAGCAGGGCUACUGCGUCUACCGUGUUCGCGUGAAGCGCGGCGACCGCAAGAAGCGCGUUGCCAAGGGCAUCGUGUACGGCAAGCCUGUCAACCAGGGUAUCAACAAGUGGAAGGCUGUCCGCAAUCUCCGAAACAUCGCGGAGGAGCGUGUGGGCCGCAAGUGCGGAAGCUUGCGCGUGCUGAACUCGUACUGGGUAGCUCAGGAUGCGGUGCACAAGUGGUUUGAGGUGGUCAUGGUGGACCCAUUCCACAAGACAAUCCGUGAUGAUCCGCGCAUCAAUUGGAUCUGCAAGCCUGUCAUGAAGCAUCGUGAGCUGCGUGGUCUCACGGCCGCCGGAAAGAAGGCCCGCGGCCUCCUCAAGAAGGGCAAGCGCGCCACCAAGCUCCGCCCCUCCUACCGUGCUGUUUACCGUCGCCACUCCCUCAUGCGCCUGCGCAGG